UUGACAUCUAGGUAGUUUUCUUUGAGGUUUUUCAACUGCUGCUGUUUGCAUGUAGCUCGUGUUAUAACAAAAUUGCAACAUGACAGACCAGAAAAAGGUAUCAGUAUGUUCUGAAAGCAGUUACUCGAAGUCAUUGUUGACUGCUCGUAAAGCUCUUCAAGAUAGGAAGAGCGAGACGAAUUACGAUGAGUACCUGAUGGCUAUGAAGCGGGUACAUCACCGGUACUCCGCUAUGAACAUGAUACCAACUCAAAUAGAGACUCCGAGAGCGCGUCGAAGGAAGCAAAGUAUCCAGAAGCAAGCUAUCCUGGAUAGCAAAAGCAAUAUGAAUUCGAUGUCAGAGGCGGCUCGAAUGGGCAUCAUAGCGUCCAUGGUGCCAGACGAGAUCAUUUACAAGCAUUGUGAUUAUUCUGUAAGGAGCUACGACACUGCACUCAUGUUUUGUGAUAUUUCUGGUUUCACGGACCUUUGCGAAAAAUACACUACGUCUGGUCGCGGCGGACCGUCGAGGUUGACUAAAGUCUUGAACUCCUACAUCGGGGCAAUGGUCCAAGAGAUACUGACUCACCACGGAGACGUGCUCAAGUUCUCUGGAGACGCUUUCUUGUCCAUGUGGAAGAAAACAGCAAAGUUGUCUAUGCAAGAUGUGGUGCAUAGUGCAAUUGACUGCGGCCUCAUUAUUCAGAAGAAUUAUGGACAUUUUGCUACUGACGUUGGUGUUAUCCUGAAGGUAAAAGUGGCAAUAUCAGCCGGUCUUUCCCACUUCUCCAUAAUCGGGGACGAGCAUCUCCUCCAGUCCAGUUCAUCCAGCUUCGUGAUCAUCGGCCAACCCGUGUGGGACGUGAAGAUGGCGCAGUAUAUGUCCAAGUCUGGCGAUGUGCUGACUGCAGCCAGCGCCUGGAUGUAUGUCAAUGAAGCUGAGUAUUGGACGCAGCCUUGCGGUGAUGGAAGGCAUACUAAGGUCCUAGGAGUGGGAGCGUCAUGGAAAAGAGUCGAAAAACUCCAAGAACAUUUGGGAGAAAGAAGUUAUUCGGAUACAGUAGGAUUCCCAUCAAGCCAUCAGCAGGCCGAGACCAGAUUCUCAGGGACGACAGGAGACCCUUCAGCGGGUAUUAUCUUUAAGGAAUUUUCACGUAAACUUCCUCCAUAUCGAUUAUUUUCAGUUCGGCCAGCCGUGAUCGAAGCAGUGAGAAACUCGUGGUCCCCAGGGCUGCGACGUUUCAUGGCCACCCCUGUUCUUCGCGCAGUUGACAAUGAUGAGCCUAUGGACUUCCUGACAGAAGUCCGUCGCGUGGUCGUCGUGUUCCUCAAUAUUAUUACUAAGACUGUCACUCCGGAGUCACUGAUUGACCUUGUCGAUACAGUUUAUAAGGAUGUAUCAAGAGUGACAUCAGAACUGGGUGGGCUCGUGAACAAGGUAUCCAUGUUCGACAAAGACAUGAUGGUGCUGAUCGUCUUUGGGCUAAGAGGUCUGAGCCACGAGGAUGAAGCUCAGCACGCGCUGCUCUGUGCCUACGAGAUUAAAGAGAAAAUGGUUGAUGAGAAGAUUAUAAGCACUUCAAUUGGAGUUACUUCUGGGACAACAUAUUGCGGUGUGGUUGGUCACAUUUUGCGAAGAGAAUACACUGUCAUCGGACCAGCAGUCAAUAAGGCGGCAAGAUUGAUGAUGGCCUAUCAGGAUAAAGUUACUUGCGAUAAGGAGACAUUUCUUAGAAGCAAAAUUGAUCAAGAAUACUUCAAGCAGCUGGAACAUAGACCUUUGAAGGGUAUAGCUAAACCGGGACCCGUGUAUGAAUUCAAUCGUGCUGGGUGGCCGGAACACCCGCCAGGCAGCCGACACCCGAUCCUGGGCCGCAACGAUGAAAUGCGCAAAUACAAGACUUUCCUUCAGAAUGCGCUGGAACAACAGAAUAAAUCCUUCACUCGCUACCGUGACCAUAUUUACGGAAUAGCUUUUACUGGUCCAUCGCUCGUAGGCAAAACUCGUUUAGUGGAUGAAUGUCUGUACGUCACACCGGACUUCAUACGUAAAGAGAAAAUACUGCUUACGGAAAACGACAAGGUACCAUUUCGUCUAUUCCGGAUGAUUAUGGGCAAAUAUUUCAGAAGAGGCAGUUUACGGACCAUGAGAGAUAAUAAGGAGAACAAAAUAAGGCAGAGUAUAUUUGUGGAUAAACUAUCGCCGCUUCAGAUAUAUGCCAUCAACGUCAUAUUUGACUGCCAAUUCCAUUUGCCAGAAGAUUUCGUAUACGACGGUGAUAUAUUAUGUGAAUUCACUGUCAAGAGCGUCGUGCAGGAUUUGUGUAGAAAGGUUUUAAUGAACUUAUCGAUUGUUGCGAUAGAAGAAUGUCAAUUCAUGGACGAAGAGUCGUGGCGUCUCCUUCUAGUCCUAAUGGACACCAAGUUCAUAUUAUUCAUCUUGUCCAUCACAGAUCCGAGAAAUAUGUCUGCUAAUGCCAAGAAUUGCCUAGCUAACAACAUGAUACAAAAGGUUAAACUCGCUAGCAUCGACCGUACAUACCACGCGGCGCUGGCCUGUCAACUGCUAGACGUGCAGGCCAUACCAGCAGAUUUGGAGAAGGUGAUCGAGAGCGCCAGCGGUGGGUUGCCAGGUUGGAUCCAGAACUUCUUGAUAGCCUUAGUGCAGAGGGGUGCUUUGACUAUUGUCACCUUGUCACGCCACGAGGCACAGAAGAAACCAGGGACCGUGAUGCCCGCCAUUUCGUUGUUGCAUAAAGCCAUCGAAUUUGAAGACGAAGAAAUGCCACGGAAACAUAGUUUUCAGAGUAUCUACAGCAUGAUAAGCACUAGCAGGCAGGAAAAUCAUCUCGCCGAUGGAGACGGUGAAAUGAUUCAAGUGGCCGUGUUGGCAGACUCCUACACAUUCGAAGAUAUGAAAGUCGAUAUGGCUAUGGAUGCAAUUAUCCUGAAAACAUACGACUCAUUGACGCCGUUUGAGAAGAUGCUACUGAAAUGUGGUUCAGUACUCGGCGAUGUGUUCUCAAGACGAAUGUUGCUGAAUUUAUUGCAAAGCGACUGUCCUAGGAAAGUUGCUCAAGCUGUAGCAAAACUGUUCGUGAUCCGAGUACUGGAGUGCGAAGGUGGAGACUUCACUAAUGACACAUCGCUGGUGCUGGUUCACCCGGCGCCUGCACUACCGAAUCCCAAGCCUCCGUAUUGCGCGUGUUUGGGCACUAGACAGCCUCCAAAUUGCCGGGAUCUACCAAUGUACGCGUUCUGCGGGUACAUGAAGUUUCGUCACUCCCUCUUCAGAACGACCACUUACGAGAUGUUGACUGAGAGUCAGAAGCAUGAAAUGCACACCCGAGCCUUGCUAUACCUGGAGCGCUAUACGAGGCGAUGCAGCAGCUGCGGCGCUGGGUGCUUCUCGAAGCUUCUAGGACUGCGCUGUGAUGAUGGUCUCAUCGAAGAGACAGAGGAUCUAAAGCGAACGCGACUUCAGAUAAGUGCUCUGAGUGCUGAAGCCAGACUGGCUGGAGAAGACAAUGCUAACUUGUACUAUGCACACGAGCGUAAUACGGACUAUGCGAUCACCACUCCCACAGACUUAACCAGCUAUGAAUUAUUGGAAACUGAAGGCAACUUGAUGAGUCGUAUUAUUGAAAACCAGUCAAUGCAACCGUCAAAGCAGAUUUAUACGAAGCACAAGCGCGUUCGGUCUUUCUCCUCGUUGGAGCUGGAGAAUUGUGAAUGCCUGUCCAUCCUGUUGUGUGUCUACAGUCAGGUUAUUGACCAUUGUCGUGGAGCUGGGGAAUACCAGAAACUGUUCGAAGCGUAUAUGGAGUACACAGAUUUGUGUAUCACCAUAAACACAAAUAUACCACAGGCUGUGCGCUUGUUGUUUGAAGUUGAGACUUUCGUUCAGAACGAGAACUUCUUCCCCAAGAGCCUGAAUAAGAAGUGGGUACGAGAAUUUUACAUGGCAAGCGUAUGCUCCUUGCGAGGGAUCUGUAUGCUGGAGUCCGGAGACUAUGACGAAGCCAGAAACCAGCUCCUACAUGCUAUGAAACUGUAUCGCCAUCCUUUCCCUACUUCUAAGCACAUGGUAAAAAUGUGUAACAUGAAAGCAUCAUUCCAUCAAGUAAUGGCUCUUUAUGUGGCUCCAAACCUCUACAUUGAACGAGACAGUGGUAUCAUUGGUCACUUCUAUGAAGACAUCGCUGUAACUCUUUUCAGAUUGUACAGGCUGUUCACGGAAUCAAAAGAACCAGCGAAUGCAACUCUAGCAGCCAAAUGGUGUUUGCACUUCGCACUGCGAACCAACUCUAAUUUUCGGCUCCUGUGUGUCGCCUACGCAAGCAUGAUUGCAGAUUAUGGGCAAAAACAACAAUUUUCGAUGUGCCAAAAACUGGAGAAGAGAGCAAUGGAGGUGUGUCGUCGCAAACGCGGACAGUUGGAUGUCACCGAAGUGCCAGCAGUCUGCUAUCUGUACACCAGCAUAUUUCUCUUCUACGUGGACAACGGCAAAAAGAUAGAAAGUCUCGAGUUUGGGCUGUCAGUGAUGCACAUGCUAACCAGCCGGACUGAGAUGAACACGCGAGAGACCCUCGUGCUUUGUAUGCUGAAGCUACUGCUGAGUGACUUGAAGAUACACGACAUGGUCACCAUAAUGCGGGAGUUCUUCUACUUGACAGAUCAUUAUGACUUGUGUUCCGAAACUUGGUAUUAUUACUAUGCAAUAGUGAUCCUUCUAGAUACGGGUUACUGUGUGGAGUCGUACAAUACUUGUGAGAAGUUCUACAUGAAGAAAGGUGAUGCUCUAUUGAGGUCCAAAACGCCUGAAGCAGCUUGGAAUUUCUUCGUUUGCAUGUGGCUGGUAACAAUAAGAGUAGGUGCAUGGGAGCGAUCCAUUCUAUGGGAGGAGAAGAUCAAACAACUGCUAUCGAUGAAGUUAGGCAAGCAUGAGUUCAAUAUGAUGAUUUCCAUGAGACUGGUAGAAGGCCUUCUCAUUACUCUGGUUAGGGAGAUGGACAACAGAAAUAUAAAGAAGAUUAUGGUUUUAGAAAAAUACAUUAAGUCAUUGUUUCAAGAUAUGGAGAAAGUGUGUGUCAAAACUCCUAUUUAUCGUACAAGGUAUUGCCUAAUGUUCGCAUACUACAACUACAUAAGCGGCAGAAAGCAUCGGGCAUACAAUUACCUGAGCAAAGCUAAGGAACUUGCCAAGCUAUAUUCUCAUCUCGUUCUCAUUUACUGGGUUCAGCAUACACGCAAUCACUGGAAAGGCAUUCUGAACCCCAAGCUCAUAGAUUACUGGUCGGAGCACGUUGAGAUGAACAAUCUGUUGGACUACAGAGAUUUCGACUGUGAGACAGGCACUAUAGUCCCUUACACUUUGCCCAUACCAACGGACUUGGACAAAUAAGUUUGAGCUUUAUAUUUUUAACCUAAUGGUGCGGUUGUUAGGGUUCCGUAGCCAAAAUGGCAAAAACGGAACCCUUAUAGUUUCGUCAUGUCCGUCUGUCCGUCUGUCCGUCUGUCCGUCUGUCACAGCCGAUUUACUCGGAAACUAUAAGUACUACAGUGAUGAAAUUUGAUGGGAAUAUGUGUUGUAUGAACCGCUACAAAAAUAUGACACUAAAUAGUAAAAAAAAGAAUUGGGGGUGGGGCCCCCCAUACAUGUAACUGAGGGAUGAAAUUUUUUUUUUCGAUGUACAUACCCGUGUGGGGUAUCAAUGGAAAGGUCUUUUAAAAUGAUAUAAAGUUUUCUAAAAAACAUUUUUCUUAAAGUGAACGGUUUUUGAGAUAUCAGCUCUCAAAGUCGUAAAAAGUAUGUCCCCCUCUAUUUUUAUAACUACGGGGUAUAAAAUUCUAAAAAAAAUAGAGGUGAUGCAUGCUAAUUAACUCUUUCAACGAUUUUUGGUUUGAUCAAAGUAUCUCUUAUAGUUUUUGAGAUAGGUUGAUUUAACUGUAAUUUACGGAACCCUUCGUGCACGAGUCCGACUCGCACUUGGCCGGUUUUUUUUUAAGUUGGCUUCUUAUUUACAGAAAAAUACAAUAGGUACAUUUUAAGUUUAUUUUUUAUCUAAUUAAGUUAGAAUUUUUGUUGUUUCUGUUGUU